UGAAAAAAAUCUUUCAAACGAGCUUGACGCCUCUGCAUUUCCCUCACUUGUCUCACAUUUUCUUUGACGGACAGGACAACCAUUGGUCUAGUUUUUAAAGAAAAUUUUUACUAGAACCAUGGGAAAGUCCAAAUCCUCCAAAGCAACGCCCUCCAAAGCAACACCCUCCAAAGAUGACCCCGCCAAGGUGAAGCAAAUGAAAAAGGCAGCCGAAGGUGCCGCUAAGAAAGCCAAGGAUGCCAAGGAAGUGGCUGCCAAGUUGGCAGCCGAAGCAGAGAAGUUGAACAAGGCGUUGGAAGAGUACGUGGCCAGCCAGAACAAGAACAAGAAGGACAAGAAGAAGCCUGCCAAAAAAGUGGAGAGUGAUGACAGUUCCGCCUCCUCGUCCUCUUCUUCCUCCUCCUCAGAAGGUGCCAAGAAGACGGCUGAAAAGACACCCACUCCAGUGAGUAGCAGCAGCAAUAGUUCUUCGGAUUCUUCCUCGGAUGAGGAGGAAAAGCCCAAGAAAAAGGAAGAACCAGCCAAGGCAAAGAAGACUGCCAAGAAAGAAGAACCAAAAAAGGAGGAUUCUGACUCGGAUAGCAGCAGUGAUAGUGAUAGCGACGAAGAAGAUGCCAAGAAGCCAGAAAAGAUGGAUGUUGACAAGAAGCCAGACGCUAAAAAGAAGUCCAAGGAUGAAAGUGAUGAUGACAGCAGCGGCAGUGAUGACAGCGACAGUGAAGAGGAAGAAAAACCCACCAAAGCAAAGGGAGAAAAGAAGACUGAUGCAAAGAAAAAAGCAAAGGACGGCUCGGAUUCGGAUUCGGACUCUUCCUCUGGUAGUUCUUCCGAUUCCGAUGGUUCGGACGAUGACGAGGAUGAUAAAAAGGAAGAAAAGAAAAAAACUGAAAAGCGCAAAAACGAAGAUUCCACGGAAGACGAACCACCCAAGAAGAAAAUGGCAGCUGCAGAAGACACCGACGGCAAUACCAAAAUCUAUGUUCGGGGAUUGCCUUGGAGGGCAUCUGAAGAUGAAGUGUGGGAAUUCUUCAAGGGUUGUGGAGAUGGGCCCAAAACUGUGGAAUUGCCUCUCGAUGCAUCAGGAAGGUCGUCUGGAACUGCCGUUAUCGAUUUUGGUACAACGGCAGGAGCGGAUGCUGCCAUUGCACUCGAUGGAGAAGACUUUCAGGGUCGUUGGUUAUCGAUCAAAUACUCUAGUCCCAAACCCAUUCUGAGUCCCCGGGCUCCUACCGUCAAGGAAGAAGGCUGUAUGACGGUCUUUGUGGGAAAUCUUUCCUGGGACGUGGAUGAGGAUGCUCUGCGACAAGCAUUUGCCGACUGUGGAGAGAUUACCAAUAUUCGAUUUGCCACCGAUCGCGAAUCGGGCGAAUUCAAGGGUUUUGGACACAUCGAAUUUGCCGAAUCUGAUUCUACUGACAAGGCCGUGGCCAUGGCGGGAACCGACAUUUUGGGUCGUGCCGUGCGAGUGGACUUUGCCAAUCAAAGAAAACCACGCGAAAGCUUUGGCGGCGGCGGUGGUUUUGGUGGUGGCGGCAGAGGUCGUGGCGGCGGUCGAGGUGGAGGCUUCGGCGGCGGAGGAGGAUACGGUCGAGGAGGAGGACGCGGCGGUGGUCGCGGAGGAGGACGAGGGGGCCGUGGUGGUGGCGGUAACUCGUUUUCCAAGUCCAGAAACAGUGGUGCUAUUGCUAGCUUUGCCGGAAAAAAGAUCACAUUUUAAAGCAAGUAGGAAAGGCUACGACAACUCUGCUGCUACAGUUGUGGGAUGAAGAAACGGGUGGCUCGAAUGGGGCCGCUACCAAAGUAGCAAAAUCUCUAAUGUUAUAUAGAACUGUGAAUGGCUUU